AUGACCAAAGUGCUGACCUAUGUGCUGCCCAAAGUGUUGACCAAUGUGUUGACCAAUGUCAUAAACAAAGUGGUGACCAAUGUGCUGACCAAUGUCAUAAACAAAGUGGUGACCAAUGUGCUGACCAAUGUCAUAAACAAAGUGGUGACCAACGUGGUGACCAACGUGGUGACCAAUGCCAUGACCAACGUGCUGACCAAUGCCAUGACCAGAGUGCUGACCAAAGUGCUGACCAACGUAAUGACCAACGUAAUGACCAAUGUGCUGACCAAUGCCAUGACCAAAGUGCUGACCAAAGUGGUGACCUACCACCUGACCAAAGUGCUGACCAAUGUGCUGACCAACGUGUUGACCAGAGUGGUGACCAACGUGGUGACCAAGUGGUGA